AGAUGGCGACUAAUAUAAUUGAUUAAAUCAAGAUUGAUACUUUUUCCAUAUCUUGCAAUCAAUAGGGAUAAAGGAAUUAUAUUUAUAGUAACUGAACAUUUUUUGGUUCGUCAAUGUUCAAAUUAAAAAUCCAAUCUUGUGCAAAUCAAAACAGCAUUUUGUUUAAUUCGUGAACUUUUCGGAUGCAAGUUGCCAUCACUAAAAACAGUACUGUUCAUAUCCACCAGAAAGUCCCCGUUACCCAACAUUUCUUUCAUUCUUCAUCCGAUAAUUACACAAAGCUCAUCAAUGUAUGCAUUCAGAAUCGGGCCCUGCAAUCCGGAAGAGCUUUACACGCUCACCUUAUAGUUAAUGGGUUGGCAUAUUCCAACUACUUUGCUUCCAAGCUCAUAGCAUUCUAUACACGAUUCAAACAGUUGGGUCCUGCUCGAAAGCUGUUUGAUAAAAUUCCUAAAUCAAAUAAACUUGGUUGGGUUGCUCUUAUCGGAUCCUAUGCUCGCCAUGGGUUUUAUGAAGAGACCAUGUCUAUGUUUUUCAAAAUGCAGAUGGAAGGAUUAAGAUAUGAUAUAAUUGUCCUACCCAGUGUUCUUAAAGCCUGUGCACACCUCUCUGAUUGGAAUACUGGAGAGAAGUUACAUGCUGUUGUUUUGAGAAAUGAGUUUGAAUCUGAUGCAUUUGUGAUGAGUGCACUGAUUGAUAUGUACUCAAAAUGUAGGAUGGUUGAGAAGGCAAAAAUAGUGUUUGAUGGCAUGGUGGAAAUUGAUUUGGUGGCAUUGAAUACUAUGGUUUCUGGGUAUGUUCAAAAUGGUGUGGUUACAGAAGCAUUAGGUUUGGUUGAGGAAAUGAAAAUAUUGGGAAUGAAGCCUGAUGUUGUGACGUGGAAUACAUUGAUUACAGGGUUUUCACGAGCAAAAGAUAAAUUGGCAGUCGAAAAAAUCUUCAGAAUUAUGGAUGAGGAGGGGGUUAAACUUGAUGUGGUGUCUUGGACAUCAGUAAUCACUAGUUCUGUACAAAACUUUGAGCACGAGGAGGCAUUUCAUACUUUUCGACAAAUGUUGAGUGUGGGAUUGUAUCCAACGUCAGAGACAAUUUGUGGUAUUUUGCCUGCUGCUGCAAAUAUAGCAGAUCUACAGCAUGGUAAGGAGUUACAUGGUUAUGCUGUGGUAAUGGGGUUUGAAGAGAACGUCUAUGUUAGGAGCGCGCUAAUAGACAUGUAUGCUAAAUGUGGGUUGAUUUCUGAAGCAAGGUCAUUGUUCCAAAAGAUGUCUGAAAGAAAUACUGUCACCUGGAACUCCAUGAUAUUUGGCUAUGCAAAUCAUGGAUAUUGUAAUGAGGCAAUCCAACUUUUCGAUCAACUGCUUGGGGAGGAGGAAAUGAAAGUGGACCACUUGACUUUCACUGCUGUUCUCACAGCUUGUAGUCAUGCUGGGAUGGUUCAUCUUGGAGAAAGUUUAUUCCAAUUGAUGCAGGACAAAUUUGGGAUUGAACCAAGAUUAGAGCACUAUGCAUGCAUGGUGGAUCUUUUGGGAAGAGCUGGGAAGCUUGAUCAGGCUUAUGAUCUCAUCGAUAAAAUGGCUAUCGAGCCUGAUUCAUUUGUGUGGGGAGCGUUGUUAGGAGCGUGCAGGCAGCAUGGCAACAUUAAUCUUGCAGAUAUAGCCGCGAAACAUCUAGCCAAACUUGAACCUGAAAGUUCAGGGAGUAGUGUGCUGUUGUCAAAUUUAUAUGCCGACUUCAAUAAGUGGGGAAAUGCCACAAAGGUGAAGAAGAUGAUGAAGAAAAGGAGACUCAAAAGAUUGCCUAGUCGUAGUUGGAUAGAAGUGGUAUGAUAUAGAACAAUCCAUCUCUUGGAGAGGAAACUAGAUUGGUAGUAUUAGGCAGGACAGUAAAGCUUCUUCAUUUCAUAAAUUCCUUUGAAAUAUAUUGGUGUAUGCCAACUGGCCCAGAGGAGAAGCUUCAGAUUGUACCUCCUAAAACGUUAUCCUCAAGUAUCAUUGUUUUGAUCGGUUUAAGCUAAAUCAAGUCCACAUCGUACCGUGGACAUGUACUUUAACAGAAACCUACCACAUGAACUGGAGGAUCCAAUACUUGGCGAGCACCAGCUAUCGCUGGAGCAGCUGUGCUCAGUAUUCAUCCUAGAUCCGCUAGUGACCACAUGGUUGGCAUUCCGCAUUGCACAACAGAAUCGUCAAUCUCAGUAGUUUUUGUUAUGUGAAGUGUUCGAGCAGCUGAUCUCACCGCUUAUGCUUAGUAUUUAUCCUGGAUCCGCUAGUGACCACAUGGGUGGCAUUUUGUAUCGCGCAACAGAAUCAUCAAUCUCAAUGGUUUCUGUUAUGUGAAGUGUUCCAAUUGUAGCAUGCGAUUAUGUAACUCUAUUAUAAAAAUCCUUGACAUAAAAUGAAUGAACCAAAAACUCAACUUUUUUC